AUGUUGUCGGUGAUGCACGCCCGCGAGCUUAUCCGAGUCGCCGGCGCCGACUUGCUCGCCCGCGCCCUCUCCUCCACCACUCGCGGUCGCCUCUUUCGGCUCGCCGCGAUCGCCGCGCUCGUCGCACCCGCGUCCACGUACUCAAGCGUGUGGCGCUGGCGGCUGCUGUGUCAGACCGGCUGGGGCGUGGUGGAGUCGAACGUGAUCGCGGCGGCUUGUCGCUUUCGCGGCCUCCCGUGCCACUCGUGGUCGGACGACGGGGAGGCCAAGUACGCGGCGCUCUCUUGUUGGGCCGCAGAGCUCGACAAGGCGUGCAUCGACCAGGACAGUAUCGACGCGUCUCUUCUUGGGCUGCCCAUCUACGUGUCUGGCUGCACGCACCUGCUCGUCCUCGACGGUCCCUCCUACGCGACGCGGCUCUGGUGCAUCAUGGAGAUCUUUUGCUUUAUGCUCCUGCUGCAACGCCACGUGCGGGCUGUGCGGCGGACAUGGCUGCUCCGAUCGCCCCGGCGGGCCACGCGAGUGCUGCAUGCCCGCUAUUUUGCGUACGGGUCGGGUCUGCGAAUCACGGGCGGACGGGUCAACUGCGAGGAGACAUCCCUCACGACCGUGGACGAGAUGCUCGCCCAGUGGCAGAUGCCGCACAUCUCGGUCGUCAAAGUGGACGUCGAGGGCUUCGAGUGCUCCGUGCUGGCGGGCGCGCAGACGCUCUUUACGACCAUCAAGCCGCGAGUCAUCCACGCCGAGCUCAAGUUUCCGGAGGUCGAGCGAUGCUGGAGAGAGCAGGCCAAGCUGCACGGUUACCAUGUCGGCCCCCCCAAGGGCAAGGACAAGAACACGGUCCUUACGCGUAUUGAGUCCAUCAGUCCGGCCAGGGCGCGUCUCGAGUCGCCCUCGCUCAGUGUUCCAAAGCGUGGAUCAGAAUCGCAUUGA